AUGCACUUCACCAGCCUCGCCGCCCUCACACUUGGUGCCCUAGCGCCACUCGCCAGCGCCGUUGGCAACGCCAAAGUCCACAACAACUGCGCAGCCCCCUUCUACAUCUGGAGUGUCGGCAGCUCCGUCAGCGCCGUGCACAAGAUCAACCCCGGCGAGACCUUUAGCGAGCAGUUCCACCGCGACGCGACGACUGGUGGAAUUGCUCUCAAGAUCACUCGACAGAGCAAUGGGCUCUACAACGGCAGCCCGCAGCUGAACUUUGCGUACACGCUGGAUCCUAGCCAGGUGUGGUACGAUCUGUCGACCAUCUUUGGCACGGACUUCCAGGGCCAAGUGCUUACUGUUACCUCGGAGAAUGAUGCCUGCCCGACUAUUUGUUGGCCUGAUGGGACCCAGCCUGCUGGGAGUCAGACGAAGACUUGUGAGCCGGCUUCGGAUCAGACAUUGACGCUUUGUGCGAAGGGUUGUCCUGCUUAG